AGACUGGUAAAUGAUGCAAAACUUCCUGGCAAUCAAUUACCAGAUGUUCAGGAAGAUAAAAGUGCGGGUAGUGUAAUUGGCAAUGAAGAGUUAAAGAAACUAAAGGAUCUUUUGCAGCAACGAGAUAAUGAAAUCAAUAUUUUAGUAAAUAUGUUAAAGAAAGAAAAAAGGAAAACACAAGAUGCCCUUCGUCUCAGUGCUUCAUCCAAGGAAAUCUCAGCUACAGAAAGUUCCUAUGAUUUGAAAAACAUGGAGACUGAGCAGAUGUUGCCUGUCAUUUUGGAAAUAAAAUCUAAUUCUCACUCAAAAAGCCAAGGAUUGGGAGACAAGUAA